GGGGUUCCCGGAGACGCGCCCCACCCUGCCCCUCCCCACCUGGCUCAGGGCUCAGGAAUGCUGUACCCCGGAAACGCGGCCCGACCUGCCCGGCCUGGGGGCCUGGGGUACGGUGCCGGCCGCUGGGCGUCAGCGGGGCAGAAGUCCUAGGCAGUGCCUGGGUGAGCCCAGAUGGGCAGCGGGAGGCCUUGCAGGCUGUGCCCAGGCUCUGAGCUGCCCUAGGGCGGCAGACAGGCUGGGCGUGGGUCCUAGACAUGGCCCAGCCACUGGACUUUGUCCUCCAUGUUCCCGAGACCCCAGAGGACCACGGCCAGGAGCCCAGCCCCUAUGAUGAGAGCGACGUGCACGACUCCUUCCACCAGCUCAUCCAGGAGCAGAGCCGCUGGGUGGCUGAGGAGGGGCUGGAGCUGCAGGAGCGGGAGCUGGGGGCCGGAGCCCCCCAGACCACAGGCAGCGGCCGCCGGAUCCCACCGGGGCCGGAGGAUGCCGGGGCUCCCAGCACAGCCACGCUCCGCAUCUUGGCCAGCAUGCCCAGCCGCACCAUUGGCCGCAGCCGCGGUGCUAUCAUCUCCCAGUACUACAACCGCACGGUCCAGCUGCGACGCCGGGUCAGCCGGCCUGAGCUCAGGGGUGUGGGGCGCUCGGCCCGGCCCAGCCUCCGCCUCUACGACCUGGAGCUCGACCCUGCGGCCCUCGAGGAGGAGGAGAAGCGGCUCCUGCUGGUGAAGGAGCUGCAGGGCCUGACGGUGGCCCAGCGGGACCACAUGCUCCGGGGGAUGCCCUUGGGCCUGGCCGAGAAACGCUGCCUGCGAGAGGAGAGCCGGACCCCGAGGGGGAAGCGGCGGGGCCGGCCUGGCCGGCGCGGGCUUCUCCCCUGCUGCGGCCCGCUCCGAGAUGCCUGCGUCCUGGCCCUGCACGGCUUGGGGCUGGCGCUGCUCUCCGGCCUGCAGGCCCUGACGCCCUGGCGCUACGCCCUGAAGCGGAUCGGAGGCCGGUUCGGCUCCAGCGUGAUCUCCUACUUCCUCUUCCUCAAGACCCUGCUGGCCUUCAACGCGCUCCUGCUGCCGCCGCUGCUCGCCUUCCUGGUGGGCGUGCAGGCCGCCUUCCCGCCGCCCGCCUCCCCGGGCUCUGCCCCCAGCUUCACGGGCCUGGAGCUGCUCACGGGCGGGGGCAGCUUCAACCACACUGUCCUGUACUACGGCUACUACAGUAACAGCUCGCUCAACCGGCCGUGCGCGUUCCCGCCGGGGGGUCCGUGUGGCCACGAGGCCGAAAGCCUGCCCUACAACAUGCCCUUGGCCUACCUCUUCACCGUGGGGGUGGCCUUCUUCAUCACCUGCAUCACGCUGGUGUACAGCAUGUCCCGCUCUUUCGGGGAGAGCUACCGGGUGGGCAGCGCCUCAGGGGUUCAUGCUGUCACCGUUUUCUGCUCCUGGGACCACAAGGUGACUCAGAGACGGGCCUCCCGCCUCCAGUGCGACAACAUCCGAACCCAUCUGAAGGAGCUGCUGGCGGAGCGGCAGCGGCGGCAGGGCCCCCGGAGCGCGUGCGGGCGGCUGCGGCAGGUGGCCGUGCUGGGGCUGGUGUGGCUGCUCUGCCUGGGGACCACGGUGGGCUGCACCAUGGCCGUCUACGCCUUCUCGGAGCUCAUGAUCAAGAGCCCAGUGUCCGCUGAUCAGGAGGGGGCACUGCUGGCCCUGCCCGUGGUGGUCUGCCUUCUGAACCUGGGGGCCCCCUACCUGUUCCGCUGCCUGGCGGCCCUGGAGCGGCAGGACUCCCCGGUCCUGGAGGUGUACCUGGCCAUCUGCAGGAACCUCAUCUUUAAGAUGGCCAUCCUGGGCAUUCUUUGCUACCACUGGCUGGGCCGCAGGGUGGGCACCCUGCAGGACCAGUGCUGGGAGAACUUCGUGGGCCAGGAGCUCUACCGGCUCACGGUGCUGGACUUCAUCUUCGUGCUGCUGGACACGCUGUUCGGGGAGCUGGUGUGGAGGCUCAUCUCUGAGAAGAAGCUGAAGAGGAGGGAGAAGCCAGAGUUCGACAUUGCGGGGAAUGUCCUGGAGCUGAUUUACGGGCAGACCCUGACCUGGCUGGGGGUUCUCUUCUGUCCUCUCCUCCCCGCCAUCCAGAUCAUCAAACUGCUGCUCAUCUUCUAUGUCAAGAAGACCAGCCUGCUGGCCAACUGCCAGGCGCCCCGCAGACCCUGGCUGGCCUCCCACAUGAGCACCGUCUUCGUCUCGCUGCUCUGCUUCCCCUCCUUCCUGGGAGCCGCCGUCUUCCUCUGCUACGCCGUGUGGCAGGUGAAGCCUUCCAGCACCUGCGGCCCCUUCCGGACCCUGGACACCAUGUACGAGGCGGGCAAGGUGUGGGUGCGCCGCCUGGAGGCGGCAGGCCCCCGGGUCUCCUGGCUGCCCUGGGUGCACCGGUACCUGGUGGAGAACACCUUCCCCGUCUACCUGGUGUCAGCCCUGCUGCUGGCCGUGAUCUACCUCAACAUCCAGGUGGUGAAGGGACAGCGGAGGGUCAUCUGCCUCCUCAAGGAGCAGAUCAGCAACGAGGGGGAAGACAAAGUCUUCUUGAUCAACAGGCUUCACUCCGUCUACGAGAGGAAGGAGAGGAGCAGGGUUGGUAGAAGCCAGGAGGCAGAGAGGCUGGUGGACGGUCCCGACGCCUGGUAGGACGGCGACAGGCCUGGAGGCUCCGCGUCUGCUCACAGGUGCGGCCUGGGCCUGGGCCGCCCUCCAUUCCCCUGGCCCUGUAGGUGCGGACGCCGACCGGGGACUCUGCAGCGCACUGAGGCCGGCACUGGAGGGUGGGCAAGUGGUGGGGGGGCACCCGUGGACGGUGUCCUGCGGGGACUAUUUAUUCUGAUAAAACAUGUUUUGCAAAAUGA